CUUAUCUCUACCCCCCCCCCCCCGGUCUUUCAUACGUACUACUUCUUUAGUCUGCUACUACUCUACUCCUCAGUCGGGAGGAGCCUCUGGGACAGACUACUCCUCUUCCUCUUCUUGUAUUCCUCUCUUCCUAGCUUCCCCCGCCCACAAGAGGGAUGUGUUCUGGUCUGUCCAUCUUCUUCGAACAUGUCGACGGCCAAGGAGAUGGAGGUGCCCACCACGCGACCAGUCGUGUACAAGGUCUACAAGCGUCGAUUCUGGGGACUGGCCCAGCUGGUCUUGCUGAAUAUCGUCGUGAGCUGGGAUUGGUUGACCUUUUCCUCGAUCUCGACCACCGCUGCCGAGUACUUUGAUGUUUCCGAAAGUGCCAUUAAUUGGCUGAGCACCGGGUAUCAGUUUGCCUUUUGUAUCGCCAGUCCCUUCGUCAUUUGGGUUCUCAACAAAGGCGGCCCUAAGCCAGCCAUCGUCACCACUGCGGCGCUCCUACUCGUCGGCAAUUGGCUGCGUUAUGCAGGUACCAAAGCCAACGGAGGCAUCUUCGGACUCGCCAUGUUCGGCCAGAUCAUUAUCGGUCUGGCGCAACCCUUCUGUCUGUGUGCGCCCACACGCUACAGUGAUCUCUGGUUCUCCGAUAAAGGACGUACCAGCGCCACGGCACUCGCCAGUUUGGCAAAUCCAUUGGGCGCGGCAAUCGGACAAUUGGUGGAUUCGGAAUGGGCAACCAAGCCAUCUGAUAUCCCCAAUAUGGUUCUAUACAUCUCCGUGAUUUCAACCGUCGCCUCAAUCCCAGCCUUCUUCCUCCCCGCCUCACCACCCACACCACCCAGUGCCUCAUCCACCGUCCCCCGCACCCCCCUCAUCCCCGCAACCCGGCAACUCCUAGGAACCCUCGAAUUCUGGCUCAUCCUCGCCCCCUUCGCCGUCUACGUCGGCUUCUUCAACAGCAUCUCCUCCCUGCUCAACCAAAUCCUCAGUCCAUACGGCUUCUCCGAAAACGACGCCGGCAUCGCCGGCGCAAUCCUCAUCGUCGCCGGCCUCCUCUCCGCCGCAAUAACGUCCCCCAUCACAGACCGCUGGAAACAUUACCUCGGUUCCAUUCGCAUCCUCGUCCCAAUCAUCGUGGCCUCGUACAUCGGGCUUAUUUUCGCACCGGCGAGUAGCGCGGGCAUUGGACCAAUUUAUGUUGUUAUGGCAUUGAUGGGGGCGUCGUCGUUUGCGAUGUUGCCGAUUGUGUUGGAGUAUUUGGUGGAGAUUACGUAUCCGUUUUCGCCUGAGAUUGGGAGUACGAUUUGUUGGACUGGUGGGCAGUUGCUGGGUGCUUGUUUUAUUCUUAUUCAGGAUGCGUUGAAGGAUGGUGAUGGUGAUGCGGGUCCGCCGGGUAAUAUGCACCGGGCAUUGAUUUUCUCGUGUGUGAUUUGCGCGGUGGUGGCGCCGUUGCCCAUGUCUAUUGGGUUGUUUGGCAGGAUCGUUAAGCGGAGGAGGUGGGAUGUUGAUCGUGGGGUUGAGUUGGAUGUGUCUGAGGUGAGUCCCCAAGGUACGGAAGUUGUACCGGAUGGGGGGAUUUCCCAUACACACUCGGGCAGUGUGCUGGAAGACUCGGCUUGCAAGAAGGUCUGAGUUGAGGUUUUGCCGGCGAGUAUGAAUGAUCAUUACUGCAAGCCUAUGCGUUCCUGCGAUAUUGUUAUAAUUUGCACCUCAGCUGUUGAUAUAUCUUACCCUUUCUCUUUGUCUUACACUGAACAUGUUUUCCCGGAUAUUUUGAUGUAUACCCCUUCUGGUCAUGCGAGGCGUCCCCUUUUCUCAUCUUCGAGAUACGUGGCUUGUCCCAUUUAGCGGACUCUUUGAACAUAGUGGGAGAAUGAAUGUCUAUAUAUCAGUUAGACGUAUGGACGAAGUAUGUUCCUUACCUAGUGAAAGGCUGUUGCUUGGCCCUGUUCUCACUAGUCCAAGUGUGAAUUUCCAGCCGAUAGUAUCCAGGGGCCACGAUAUCGAACAGAG